AUGGGAGCCAAAAGCUAUUCCGCAACUACGGACCAGAUCUCAAGCAGCUAUCCGAAAGCACCUGGAUACGAAAGGGGACCGUUAUCGGAUGAUCAGGCUGUAAUGUUAGUGGCUUUGAAGCAGCUCCUGGCACAUCACUUCCAUCGCAUUCUUCACUUUGCCGAUCUGAUAGUGGAUUUCAUGCCGUUACAGCUUAUGCAACAACUCGAGGCUGUGAAAAUGCACUUGGCGAGCAGUGGUCUGUCGUUAGGAGGACUUGUCACGCCUCAACUUGCUCCACCGAAUGAGUUUAGCGAGGGAGUACUGAGGGCAGCGCUCCAGAACAGCCAACCGCAUAAUAUGUUUGUCCUGGACGACGCCAUCGCACCAGCAUGCGCUCGUUGUGGUCGUGAUCGUUCAAGAGCGGAUAGUCGUCCUGGUUGUCCGCUGUGUUCUACGUAG